UCGCAAAACGCACAAAACCCUGACCUCUGACCCCCACUGAGGGAAUAGUUAAACCGUAAACAAUGAAAUGGAGAGCAGACCCUGAGUUGGCUCAGUCGCAAGUUUUCAAGUUUCUCACCUGAGUGAGGCCAGCCUGUCAGAGCGGACUUCAAUCAGUGUUCAUACCAGAGACAGCUGAUACUCACACACGCAGUUACUGAGCAGUUUCCUCUGUGUGUGUGUGUAACACGUCACCGUGCUACAGCCAUCCUUGCAAUGUUAGAAUAAAGUAGAGGAGGUGUUCAGCAGCUCCAGGCUGACAGCAGAAACAGACGGGGGUCUGAUGAAAAUCACCACAAAUACAUGAAGUGCAGCUACGAGGCUGAGAAACGUCAAUAAGGAGAGACGCUGGCGGAAGGCUUUGCUUUGUCUGUUCUCAUUAAAAAUGGCUGCCGUGUUACAUGACCCACAGGCAGCAGUGUGGAGCGUGCCAGUGGUUCAGUGAGCUGAGCUUCAGUCAGUCUUCUUCCUCAUGCUCAGGAUCCAGAUGUUUUGGUGUGUUUGAUAAAGUCCACAGUGCUAACAGAACACACACUGACCGCCGUCGCAUGCAGAAGGUUCUGUGGCGUCAGCUGUUUGUCCUCGACUCCAUGAUGUCACUGCUGGAAGGACUGGAGUCUGCCCAGCAACUGAUGGCACAGUCCUGCCCCCCCCAACCAGAGGGUGGGGCUCGGGGCAGGUGGAAGGCCCUGAAGGUGGAGAGCAGGUCAGGGGUGGAGGAGACCGAGGCACUGCUCAGAUCUCUGCAGGACAGAAUCCAACAGAUCCACGACAGACGACACACACUCACACAGCUGGUUCAGCAUCUGCAUAGCAAGAGGCAGCAGAGUGAGCAGCUGGAGUCGUCUCUGCUGAACGCCCAGAAUGCUUUGCAGUCAUGUGACCUUCAGCUGACCCAGUUGAGGGCGGAGUCAGAGGUGAUGCUCGGUCACCUGAUCGAGUGGCAGCGACUUAGAGACGAGCUGCAGGUGUACGUCAGCACCACGCAGGACGUCAUGCAGAUCAACCUGCUCGCCUUCAACCAAUCAGAGCUGUGUGUGGAGCUCAGGCCACACACCUCUUCUGACUUGUUGUCCAAUGAACUGGAGCCGCUGAGGCUGUCAGUCACCUGGAGUCAUGACGACCGCUUCAGACUGCAGGUGAGCGAGGGAACGGCGGGCCUCGCGGAGGACAGCCUGACGGGCCGACGGGUAGAGCUGAGCGCCGCCCUGCUGGAGGUGAUGCGGUGUUAUGUUGGGCAGGCCGAGCUGUUGUCUGAGAUCCAGAGCCUGCGGUCCAGCUUCGCCAUUGACUGGCACCCCGCCCAGCGCCUCCUCGUCUACCUGAAGACGGCAUCGCUGGUGUGUCAUCUGGAGGUGGAGGAGGGAUACCCGCGCGUGGGGCGGGCGCGCCUGCUGUCCGUUCGGCGGGACGGGCAACAUGUGGACACAUCUGGGCUGAAGCCUCCCAGCGGUGAGCUGCGUCUGACCGAGUGGUUGGUGUUUCUCUACAGCAGUCCUCUCCUCUGAACGACGUCUUCCUCCUGUACCGUUUCCUGUCUUCUCUCACACAUCCACCGGGGGUCGCUCUCUCACCUGCACAUGUGUUACCUGCCCUGAAGUGUUUUUGUCUGUGAUCACAUGACAUGAAAAUAAACCUCUGCCUGCAGGACAAACUGGGUGUGUGAAACAUGAAGUUUGUCUCUGAUAAAUAAAGAAGUUUAUAGAAUUUACAGAAGCAUCAGUUUCACACAGAAGAAACUUCAUUUUUAAACUAAUAAAAUGUACUCUAACAAA